AUGGGUAGUAGACAGUUCAAGAACAAGCAGGCGGCUCCUCCAAGUUUGGAUGAAUUCCAAGCUAGAAAAUCCAAGAAAUCUGAUAAAUCGCAUACCAAGAGUAAGAGGAAAGCAGACUCAGAGUCGGGCAAAACGACACAUAAGUCCAAGCGUAAGAGCGACGGCGAAGAUGUGCGUAAGAGCAAGAAAGCAAAGUCUGGAAAAAGUGAUAAAAUAAGUGCCAAAGAGCCCGAAGUGAAGGAAAAAGAAGAAGUGGAAGAAGGACCAGAAGUUGAAGCAGAGCAGACCUCAGACUUCGAGGAAAGCGAGCUUCCAGAAGUGGAUUUCGAAGCAUUGGCAAAAUCCAAAAAAUCGCUUUUUGACGAAGACGACGAAGAAGAAGAGGAGCAGGACAGUGAAGAUGUGGACGAAGACUUGCAAGAUGAGUUCGACCUAGAACAGGAGUUUGAAGGUGAAGACGAUGGCGAAGAAAACGAACGUCCCUUCUUUUCGGACGACGAAGGUGAGGAUAUUGAAAACCUAAACGCUCUAAACAUGGAGGCCCUUUCCUCGAAGCUGGACGCUGAACAAGCUUUGGAAGAAGAAGAGGCAGAGGCAGAACUUGUCGAAGCGGCGCAGUUGCAGCCAAGAGCCCAAAUUUUGCCAACUCCAGAAGAAGAGGAAGCCCUAGCUGGACAGCCAACUGACCUGACAGCAGUUCGGACACGUAUGCUCGAAAUUGUCAAGGUCCUUGAGGAUUUCAAGAACUUAGGUGCAGAGGGACGUUCUAGAAGCGAGUAUGUGGAUCGUCUGAUCAAAGAUCUCUGCGAAUAUUUCGGAUACACACCAUUUUUGGCCGAAAAGCUUUUCAACCUCUUUUCACCUACCGAAGCCAUAGAGUUUUUCGAGGCCAACGAAAUUGCCAGACCUAUCACCAUCAGAACCAACAGUUUGAAGACAAGAAGAAGAGACCUGGCUCAAACUUUGGUAAACCGUGGUGUUAACUUGCAACCCAUCGGUUCGUGGACUAAAGUCGGUCUACAAAUUUUCGAUUCUCAAGUACCCAUCGGUGCAACCCCCGAGUAUUUGGCUGGCCAGUAUAUUCUUCAAGCUGCGUCCUCUUUCUUACCGGUCAUUGCUCUUGACCCUCACGAAAACGAGAGAAUUCUGGACAUGGCUGCUGCGCCUGGAGGAAAAACAACUUACAUCUCGGCCAUGAUGAAAAACACGGGCUGCGUUUUUGCCAACGACGCUAACAAGGCCAGAACCAAGUCUCUUAUUGCCAAUAUUCAUCGUCUAGGCUGCACCAACACAAUUGUGUGUAACUACGACGCUCGCGAGUUUCCAAAAGUAAUUGGUGGUUUUGAUAGAAUUCUACUGGACGCCCCAUGCUCUGGUACAGGUGUUAUUGGAAAAGAUCAGUCGGUUAAAGUUAAUCGUUCUGAAAAGGACUUUAUGCAAAUUCCACAUCUGCAAAAACAGUUGCUACUAUCUGCAAUCGACUCGGUGGAUGCCAACUCUAAGACGGGUGGUGUGAUCGUUUACUCGACUUGUUCUGUGGCGGUAGAUGAGAACGAAGCUGUUGUCGACUACGCUUUGAGAAAAAGACCAAAUGUUAAGUUGGUUGACGCUGGAUUAGCAAUCGGUAAGGAGGCAUUCGUGAGCUACAGAGGCAAAAAGUUCCACCCAAGCGUCAAGCUGGCUAGAAGAUACUACCCUCAUGUCUACAACGUUGAUGGUUUCUUUGUAGCCAAGUUCAAGAAGGUUGCUUCUUCUAAACACGAUGAUAACCAAGCUAAUGCGAGAGAAAAGGAGAGAGCCGCCAGACUUGAGGCCGUGGAGGAAGGUAUCAUCCACGAUGACUUUGCUGACUUCGGCAACGAGGAGGAUGAAAAGUACAUCGAGAAAUCUAGGAAAAUUGGUCUUCUCAAAAAGGGUAUUGAUCCUAAUGCCAAGAAGAGCACCGCUAAAAACUAA